AUGCCCCUAGAAAUGGAGAAAACUGUGACCAAGCUGAUGUUUGACUUCCAGCGCAAUUCGACUUCUGACGAUGACUCUGGCUGUGCCUUGGAAGAGUACGCCUGGGUUCCUCCGGGGCUAAAACCAGAACAGGUUCAUCAGUACUACAGCUGCCUACCAGAGGACAAAGUACCCUACGUGAACAGCCCCGGGGAGAAAGCCCGCAUAAAACAGCUUCUACACCAGCUGCCACCACACGACAAUGAGGUUCGAUACUGCAACUCCCUGGACGAGGAAGAGAAAAGGGAACUCAAGCUCUUCAGUAAUCAGAGGAAGAGGGAGAACUUGGGGCGAGGCAAUGUCCGACCAUUCCCAGUCACCAUGACGGGAGCCAUCUGUGAGCAGUGUGGAGGCCAAAUCAAUGGAGGAGACAUAGCUGUCUUUGCAUCCCGGGCAGGCCAUGGUGUUUGCUGGCACCCACCGUGCUUUAUCUGCAGCAUUUGCAAUGAGCUGUUGGUAGAUCUUAUCUACUUCUAUCAAGAUGGAAAGAUUUAUUGUGGCCGGCACCACGCGGAAUGCCUCAAGCCUCGGUGCGCAGCGUGUGAUGAAAUCAUCUUUGCUGACGAGUGCACAGAGGCUGAGGGAAGGCACUGGCACAUGAAGCACUUUUGCUGUUUUGAAUGCGAAACAGUGCUAGGCGGCCAGCGGUACAUCAUGAAGGAAGGGCGGCCAUAUUGCUGCAACUGUUUUGAAUCCUUGUACGCGGAGUACUGUGAUACCUGCGCUCAGCACAUAGGCAUUGAUCAAGGUCAAAUGACUUACGACGGCCAACACUGGCACGCUACAGAAACUUGCUUUUGUUGCGCACAGUGCAAGAAGUCUCUUCUUGGGCGUCCAUUCCUGCCAAAGCAAGGGCAGAUCUUCUGUUCAAGAGCAUGCAGCAUGGGUGAUGACCCUAAUGGCUCAGAUUCAUCAGACUCUGCCUUCCAAAGUGCCAGAGCCAAGGAGUCGCGGCGUAGUGCCAAGAUUGGCAAGAACAGGAACAAAGGAGAGGAGAAUGCACUAAGCCAGAGCAGCCAACUACAGGUAUCCUCCAGCAGGCUCUCUGCAGAUGUAGACCCUCUCUCCUUGCAGAUGGACUUGCUGAGUUUGUCCAGUCAGACACCUAGUCUAAACAGGGACCACGUGUGGAGGAGCAGAGAUGAACUGUAUCACUAUGGGAACAAAAUGGAGCAGAGUCAGUCACAAAGCCCUUUGCAGCUGCUCAGCCAGUGUAACAUAAGGACUUCCUACACCCGGGGCAGAGCCCAAGUGCCCAGCAGGAUCUAUGGGGCAAACAUUUCAGCAACCCAAAGAGAAGUUCCUCUCUAGCCAUGAAAGGACAUGGUGGCAGCUUCAUCCAGGAUUGCAGAGAAGACUAUUAUUCAG